ACGGGCAGUACUGGCGAGCUGUCCCUGGACAUUAUGGCAGCCCAUCAGGAGAAAAAACCUUCUGAAGAAAGCAAGCGCAAAAGCACCCAAAAUGGUACUGGAACGUCUCAAGUCCAGUGGGGAAGAGCAUGGGAGGUGGACUGGUUUUCCUUGGCAAGCAUCCUUUUCCUGCUCACGUUUGCACCACUUAUCGUAUAUUACUUCAUAAUGUCCUGUGACCAGUACCAGUGCUCUCUGAUUGAUCCACUCAUUGACUUGCUCAUGGGGAAUAAACAUCUGUCUGACAUCUGGAACAAGACUCCUACAUUAACCUAUAGGGCUGCUGGCAUCUAUACCCUUUGGGUUGCUUUCCAGGUGGUUUUGUAUCUGUUCAUUCCUGACUUCUGCCAUAAAUUUCUUCCUGGAUAUGUAGGAGGUGUACAGGAAGGUGCUGUCACCCCUGCUGGUGUAGUGAAUAAGUAUGAAAUCAAUGGACUACAGGCUUGGAUCAUUACCCAUGUGCUUUGGUUUGCAAAUGCCUAUUACUUCCACUGGUUCUCACCUACCAUCAUUUUUGACAACUGGAUUCCUCUCUUGUGGUGUGCCAAUGUCCUGGGAUAUGCAGUUUCCACAUUUGCAAUGAUUAAAAGCUACUUUUUCCCUACCAAUGCCAAAGACUGCAAAUUCACUGGCAACUUCUUUUAUAACUACAUGAUGGGGAUUGAAUUUAACCCUCGAAUAGGAAAGUGGUUUGAUUUCAAGCUGUUCUUCAAUGGGCGCCCUGGUAUUGUAGCCUGGACUCUAAUUAACCUUUCCUAUGCUGCUAAACAACAGGAGCUGUACGGUCAAGUAACCAACUCCAUGAUCCUUGUCAAUGUCCUUCAGGGUAUUUAUGUUUUGGACUUCUUCUGGAAUGAAGCCUGGUAUUUGAAAACCAUUGAUAUCUGCCAUGAUCACUUUGGAUGGUACUUGGGCUGGGGAGACUGCGUUUGGUUGCCUUACCUCUAUACUUUGCAGGGUUUGUAUUUGGUUUACCACCCUGUCCAGCUGUGCACAGCUAAUGCCAUAGGGAUCUUGAUGCUGGGCUUGAUCGGCUAUUACAUUUUCAGAAUGACCAACCACCAGAAGGACCUCUUCCGUCGUACAAAUGGCAACUGCAAGAUAUGGGGGAAGAAACCAGAGUAUAUUGAGUGCUCCUACAUGUCUGUGGAUGGGACCAAGUACUACAGCAAACUGAUGACCUCGGGAUUCUGGGGGUGGGCACGCCAUUUUAACUACACAGGAGAUUUGAUGGGCUCCCUGGCCUAUUGCCUGACUUGUGGGUUUGAACACAUCUUGCCUUACUUCUACAUUGUUUAUAUGACUAUUUUGCUAACGCACCGUUGCAUUAGGGAUGAACACCGUUGCUUCAGCAAGUACGGGAAGGACUGGAAGCGCUACACUGCUGCAGUGCCUUACCGGCUCAUACCAGGGAUAUUUUAAGGCCAACAGAGAAUCCAGGGGAAA